AGGAUCUGAGCUUAAAACCCGCUCCCGCAGACAAUCCGGUCGUACCUCAGCUGCUGAGUGUAGAGUCAGGGGUGUCCAUCUUCCACCGACAGGAUGAUCUCUUCAAACAGCCAAAGGCACAAGUGACUUUCUACAUCUAUUCGCCCUACUUCCACCAGGAUGUGUCCAGCUAUCUCAAGACAGCCCUGUGGUCCAAUUGUGUGGAGGAGGCCCUACAGGACUAUGCCUACGAUGCUCAGAUUGCUGGAAUGGGAUACUCGAUACAGCUGAGCGGUGGCUGUUUGAAAAUGGCACUCAGUGGUUUCAACGACAAACUUCAUGUGCUCCUGGAGGCAGUGACUGACAAGAUGGUCUCCAUGACCAGCGUGCCGGAACACAUCUUCGGCAUUAUCCUGGAUACUUUUGGAGAUGACCUUCGUAAUCAGGCCUACCAUUCGCAGCCCAUCUCGCAAGCUCAGAUGCGCUUCCAGGAUCUCCUGAACCGUGGCAGUUCGUUCCCAG